AUGGCAUACAGCGGCAGCAAAACUGUCCACUCGUCUACAAGUCACGGCUUAAGCUUCUCUCAGUUGGAAAGCGUUUUUACUCAUGCGCUGCGACUCAAGGCUGAUCUUCUAUUGACCAGAAAAAGAUACAAAGCAGAAUUUGUAAAGAUCGAUACAAACUUUGACCCAGGUACCAUGAAGCAGGAUGGUUGGAGCUACGAAGGACUCACACAAGAGGGAUCGACGGGCACGACUGCUACGCCACCCACUCCACAGCAAAGAGUGAGGAUGUGCCUGUUUCCGGCUAUCUACUCUGUUCCUCUAGAGGGCGUUGAGAAGGAGUGGUCGACUGGUGUGGCUUUGCACAACUGUGUGGUCGACUACCGGAACUUCAUUACCACGGGUGACUCUUGGACAGCCUGGGAGCGCUCCCAAGCUACACUAAUCACCAAAGCCCUCGUUAUACCUUUCUGA